AGUUUGGGCAAGCUGCCCACGCAAGCAAAGCAUCCCUAUCCGCUUCUUCUUCCCUUCCCCUUCUCUCCUUGAGCAUUUCUUCGCUUUGCUUCGCUCCCAAGCGAGCGACUUCUUCCUCCUCAAACCAAUCGCCUCCUGGAUUCAUCGGCCGAUCGCUGCAGAAAGUAACAAAGGAAUACAGUCUGCAAGAAAAUGGCCGACGCCGACAACUGGGAGCUCGUGUCGCUCACCGCAUCCACCUAUGCCGCUGCUCCAGGACCGAUCUCGCCAGUACUCCUCCUCGACGCCCACAAAACAGGGGAGCUUUCUAAUCCUCCUCCUCCUCCCCCUCCUGCAAUCUUCAUGUCGCAGCACUUCAACUGGUCAGAAGCCGUGGAAGCACUUGCCCAGCUUAAUGGACGCCAAGAAGAAUCCACCCCUCCUGCUGUGGAUACGAAUGCGAUGGUGGAUGAUGAUACUCAUCUCGACAUGCUCUGCCCAGAGAACUGCGAGAGGGAGCAGCUGGAUGAUAGCCUGGCACGUUCAGAUUCCAGGUCAAACACCUUGGAUGAUGGCAAUUUCAGUUUAGCCGGAGAGGAAAGGCAAACCGAAAUCUUCUGCUCUGCUGAUGCACAUGCAGCAGCUGCUUAUUCAGAUAUUCGCGGCACAUCAGCUCCUCAUGUUUCUGCUGCUGCUGCUGCUGCUGCUGCUGCGAUUGUCGAGACUGCUUCUCAUGUUCCGGUGGCUGUUUCUUCUUCUCCUAGAAUUGCUCCGAGAAUGCCCCGUGAAGCUGCACAAGCAUGGUGGAAGAAGACAUUCUCAUUUCUGCGCAACAAUGCCAGAGAAUCUCUCACCUUCCGUGUCAUCUUUGUUGCUGCCACGGUUGUAGGACUGGCAAUUCUGGGGCAGCGUGAGAAACUGCAGCUUCAACAGCUCAGGCUUGAAUUCGAUGUCCACAGCGAGGUAAGAAGAUAAGUUGCGGCAGCGUGGGUGAGCCACUUGGUCAGAUGAAAGGCGGCAUGAUUGUCGGUGGGAGCCCCGUCGCCCAUGGGUAAUCCAACAAAAGGUACUACGGUGAAUGUAAAAAGUAUGAUGGUGAUGAUGAUGACGAAAAUUAAGUGUGGUAAUUAGGAAGAUGAUGACGAAAAGUGUGGACGGUGAAUCUUUUUAGCUAGCUACUCCGGUGUACAUGUAAAUCAAUCUCGGCCUGUCCCUAGUAGGCAGGUGUGACUGACUGUAUGAGUCACCACAGUGGUGUGGUUACUUAAGAACUGUCAUGGCCAGGGUGCUUAAUUAGCUCCCUCUAUGAAGCAGAGAUGAAAUGAGACGGGGGUUUGUAUUGUCUUGCUGGUGAUCAGGUGUUGGAGGUUGGUGCAGAUUGUUGGCCGAGUUGGUAUCCAUCAGCAUCAAUCAUGUAAAAAAGUAUUUGUGUUGUGUUAAUGUUAUGUUGGAGCAAAUAUAUAUUCUGCCACUGUACCGGGCAGUGGCAUAUGUUCAUGUUAUAGUAUGUAUUGGCAAUGGAUAGUAAAAUCCCUGUACUGGAUCCAGAUGAUGUUAUUAAUGUGCAUGCGGACAUGUAGUCACUCUCUGAA